AUGUUCCCCACGGUCACGGUGAAGGAGCAGGUCAUGUUCCACAGCGCCUUAAAGACGGAGGUGCCCUCCACCGUCCACCGUGAAGAUUGGGCAAAGACCAUCGAGCUUCAACUCCGAGCUGUGGGUCUGGAGGAGGUGCAGAACUCCUUGAUCGGGAGUGAUGUCGUGCGGGGCAUCUCUGGUGGGCAGAGGCGCCGUGUGUCUCUGGCUUGCGGCCUGGCGACCGGCGCACAAAUCUUCUUCUGUGAUGAGCCGACGUCUGGCUUGAGUGCCACGGAUGCCGAGCAGUGCGUGAGGUACAUGCGCCUCCUGUGCAAAAAGUACGGUGUCAGCAUUGUAGUUGCAAUCCACCAGCCGCGGCAAGAGGUUGCUGUCCUCUUCGAUCAUCUUCUGCUCCUGACAAGUGGGGAUGUCGUCUACAAUGGCAAGAUGACCGAGGCCCGACGCUAUUGGAGCGACGCGGGCUUUCCUGUCCCGGACCUGGUUUCUCCGACGGACUAUUUCCUGGACUUGGUGACGCCCGGGACGCUGGACUCACAGGUGGACCACUUCCGGGAGUUCUAUCAGAACAGUCGCAAUGGCAAGGCAUCCGUCGAUGAAUUAGUGUACCGGGAGCUCUGUAAGGCCGCGUUGACGGCGGAAGAGCUCUUGGAGGCCAGACACCGGCGAUUGUCGCUGUUUGGAGACAUGCCACCAUUGAGGUCUCACAGCAUCUACGGGGUCAGGUUCCGGAAGCAACUGCAGAAGGUCUUUUGUAGGCAAGUACGCCUUCUCCUUCGGGAUCAGCAGGGAGUUCUUACCGAGUUUUUGGUGGCCAUAGCGCAGGCUUUGGUUGUAGGUGCAGCGUACAUUGGCAUUGGAAAGGGAGAAGACGCUGGAUAUCACCAGGUCGGAUUCUACUUCAUGCUGGUGAUGACAUGCGCCAUCUCCGGCAUCAAGGUCAUGCCGAAGGCGAUCGCAGAGCGGACGGUCAUGAAGCUGGAGGUUUCCGAGGUGCUGUACAGUGACUGGGCAUACAUUAUUGCCUUUACCAGCCUCAACCUUCUCUUAUCGCUCGUUUGCAAUGCGCUUUUUGUGACACUGGUCUUCGCCUUGAGCAAGCUCGAAUGGACCGUGUUCCCAAUUGUUCUUUUGUGGAAUAGCAUCAUCUUCGUGAGUAUGGACAGCCUGUACCUCAUGGUGGCUGCAGCGGCCAAAGACUCCAGCUCUGCACAGAUUCUGCUAGCACCGUUCCUGACGAUGGCCAUGCUCUUCAACGGCUUCACGGUCUCGCGCAAGUCCGUGCCGACUUUCAUGGCAUGGGCCUUGGAGCUCUCUCCCGUGGCCCAUGCCAUGGAGGAGAUGGUGCUCGCAAUCCAAGCGAGAGCCGACAGUAGUGAGCUGAAGGUCGUGGAGAUCCUUUUCGGCUUCGAGAGCCACAUCGGCAGAUCUCUAGGCGUCCUUCUCGGAUGGUUCCUGGUCUUCAGAAUCGCUCACAUCAUUUGCUUGAAGACUUUGCACCACAUCAAACGCUGA